AUGGAAGAAGUAGAAUUACAAUACUUGGAUCAACUGAAAGUUCUGGGCUUAACAAUAGACCAAAAUAUAAAUUUUAAGCCCCAUCUGGAUAAUGUUUGUCGCAAGGCUAUUAAUAUUUACAAAAUGGUCUCAAGAGCAGCGAGGGCUAACUGGGGCCUGAACUCAGAUAUAUUGAGAACAAUCUACAUGGCAGUCGUAGAACCAACCAUAUUGUAUGCUGCCAGCUGCUGGGCCGAAACAACAGACAAAAAGUAUAUUGAACGCAUACUCAACAGAAUGACCCAGAUUUUUGGUAUACGAAUUAGUAAAGGACAUAAGACUAACUCCCUGAUCUCCAGUACACUCUUAUCAAAAAUAAUACCGCUAGCACUAAGAGCCAAAGAGAACGCUAGUAUAUAUGAAAUUAAGAGAGGCAAACCUAUAGAGCUUUUACCAGGAAGAGAAAUCGAAACAAGAAUAAGCCCCUAUGAUCUCCCACAUCCUUGUGAAAGAAUACAACGUAACUUCAAACACGUAAAUAACCAGAAAGAUAUUGACGAGAUAAAAAACGACUGGGUUAGAAUCUUCACCGAUGGAAGCAAGAUCGACGGAAAAGUGGGAGCAGCAGUAACAGUUUGGCACAAUGGACUCGAAAUUAAAACAAUAACUUUCAGACUGGAGAGCUACUGCAGUAUUUACCAAGCGGAGAUGAUGGCAAUACAAAGAGCGCUAAAAUAUAUAAUAAGCAAAAAAUAUCCAGGUGCAAAUAUAAUUAGCGAUUCUAGAUCGGCAAUUACCACUAUCUGUGACCCAGUGUCUCUUAAUCCAAUAGCAUCAGAAAUACGAACAAUGAUCAAGACUUUAGAAGACAACCGGAAGCAAGUCGAGCUUUAUUGGAUUAAAGCACACUGCGGAAUACAAGGCAACGAAAGAGCAGAUGAACUUGCUAAGCAGGCAGCUAUAAAAAAUAAGCAAAGCCCGGCUUAUGAUAAAUUCCCAUUGUCGUAUGCAAAGCGCCUCACCAGAAAUACGACUCUGCAAAUAUGGCAAAGGAAGUACGAACAAGCAACAACCAGUAGUAUAACGAAAAAGUUCUUUCCAAAUAUUGUUAAAGCCUAUAAGAUAUUAAAAAGUAUAAAAAUGAAUAACUUAGUUACACACUUGUUUACCGGUCAUGGGGGAAACAAAGCCUAUUUGUAUAAGUAUAAAUUAUCCUCAUCCCCAUGCUGCAUAUGCGAUGAAAAUACAGACCAAACUAUAGAGCACAUUGUCAUUGAUUGCCCACGUUUUGGGAAAAGAAGAUUCGAGACCGAGUGCAGCAUGGGUGUGGAGAUAGUAGCAGAAAACUUAAAAUUUAUUAUAGAAGAUGACUAUUGCCGACCUAUCUUUAUGAAGUUUGCCCUUUUGGCAUUAAAAAGCAUAAGUAAAGAAAAUGGUAGUAAAAUUAUAGAUUAA